UUUAACUUGAGGACCACGUCACUAGCAGUUUCUGCAGUCAUUUGCCAAACCAGCCCAAGCCUGUCCCACCAGCAAGAUGAUCCUGACUCUGCUGCUCGGUCUUGGAGGGCCCCUGGGCUGGGGGUUGCUGGGGGCCUGGGCCCAGGCCCCUGAUACCGGGUUCUCUGAUCCACACCACCCAAGGCUGCCUGGGGUCUGGGGUGCAGAGGCUGAGGACACCAGCAGGGACCCUGUCAGACGUAACUGGUGCCCUUACCAGCAGUCCAGACUGGUCACCUAUGUUGCUGCUUGCAAAACAGAGAAAUUCCUGGUCCAUUCACAACAGCCAUGUCCAGUGGGGGCUCCAGACUGCCAGAGAGUCAAAGUCAUGUACCGUGUGGCCCAUAAGCCGAUAUACCAGGUGAAGCAGAAGGUUCUGAUCUCCAUGGCCUGGAGGUGCUGCCCAGGCUUCAAGGGCCCCGACUGUCAGCAUCACGAUCCCACAGCAACCCCGGAGCCUGCAGAACCAAGGAAUGACCCCCAGAAGCCGUGGGACCAGUUGGUCAACUUCGAACUUGGCCACCCCACUGCAGAGCUCAACGAGGUAGAGAAGGUCGAUGUCCAGGUGCAGCAUGAACAGCAGGAACACCUACUGGAAGAUCUCCAGAAUGAUGUUGACCAGGCAGCAGACAGCCUCUCUGGGCUGUGGAAGGCUGCAACAACAGAGACAUCUGCAACCACACAGGCAAAUCAAACGGAGCUGGAGUUUCCUGGCAGGUCCUUGGAGCAAGUGCUGCUGCCCCACAUGGACACCUUCCUGCAAGCACAUUUUAGCCCUAUCUGGAAGAGCUUCAACCAGAGCCUGCACAGCCUCUCCCAGGCUGUAAGAAACCUGUCUCUUGAUGUAGAGGCCAACCGCCAGGCCAUCAAGAGGGUCCAGGAGAGUGCUGUGGGCAGAGCAGAGUUUCAGGAGCUUGGUGCCAAAUUUGAAGCCAAAGUUCAAGAGAAUGCCCAGAGAGUGAGCCAGCUACGCAAGGAUGUGGAGGACCACCUGCACACCCAGCACCUCUCCCUGCAGCACUCCCUGUCUGAGGUCCAGGCUGAUGUGGAUACCAAGUUAAAGCACUUGCUCAAGAUCCAGGAGUCCCCAGGGGCUAAUGGCAGCCUGGUGAUGGCAGCAGCAGGGGCAGCAGCAAAGCCAGAGCCAGAGAGCCUGCAGGCCAGACUGGGCCAGCUGCAGAGAAACAUCUCAGCCCUGCAUGUGGCCACCAGCCAGAGGGAAGAAGAAUUGCAGAGCACCCUCAGGGGCAUGAGGGCCACCCUGGCCCAGCAUGUGGAAGAAAUCAAGGAGCUAUACUCUGAGUCGGAUGAAACCUUUGAUCAGAUCAGCAAGGUGGAGCGGCAGGUGGAGGAGCUACAGGUGAACCACACAGCUCUGCGAGAGCUGAGAGUAAUCCUGAUGGAGAAGUCUCUGAUCAUGGAGGAGAACAAGGAAGAGAUGGAGCGACAGCUCCUGGAGCUCAAUCUCACCCUCCAGCACCUGCAGGGCGCCCAUGCCGACCUCAUCAAGUACAUCAAGGACUGCAAUUGCCAGAAGCUCUACUUUGACCUGGAUGUCAUCAGGGAAGAUCAGAAGGAUGCCACUCGCGCCCUGGAGGAAACCCAGGUGAGCCUGGAUGAGCGGCGCCAGCUGGACGGCUCCUCGCUGCAGGCCCUGAGGAGCGCCCUGGAUGCUGUGACUCUGGAGGUGGAUGUGCACAAAGAGGAGGGCAGGCAGGCGCGGGCCGAGAGGGCCAGGCUCCGCAGCCAGCUGCAGGCGCUGGAUGGCCAGGUGGGCGCGCUGAAGACAGGCGCGGACCAGACCCGCCGCGAGAUAAGCCAGCUACACAGCUCCUUCGCAGCCCUGCUGGAAGACGCACUGCGCCACGAAGCUGUGCUGGCCGCGCUCUUUGGUGAGGAGGUGAUGGAGGACAUGUUAGAAGAGGCGCCUGGCCCGCUGCCCUUGCGUUAUGACCAGAUUCGUGUCGCCCUGCAGGAGGCUGCCAGUGGGUUGCAGGAGCAGGCGCUCGGCUGGGACGAGUUGGCCGCCCGGGUGGCAGCUCUGGAGCAGGAUGCAAGUCACCGCUCAGAGCCUUCAAGGCGGGCAGAGCACCUGGAGCCCAGCCACGAUGCCCAGCUGGAAGAUGCAGGAGCCACCACCGCCCUGGCUGGGCUGGAGCAAGAGCUCCAGCGCCUGAGCUCCGACGUCAAGCGCGUGGGGCAGUGCUGCGAUGCCUCCUGGGCUGCCUCCCUCAAUGGCUCCCUUGAGGGCCUCCACCACGCCCUCUCCACCACUGAGCGUGGCUUGGAGCAGCAUGAGAGGCUCUUCCACAGCCUCUUUGGGAACUUCCAAGGGCUGAUGGCAACCAAUACCAGCCUAGACCUGGGGAAGCUGCAGGCCAUGCUGAACAGAAAAGGGAAGAAGGAGCAGAAAGGUGUGGAAACUCCCAGGAAGAGGGACAAAAAGCAAGUGGCAUCUUGGGUGGAUGCACAUGCCAAAGGACUGGAGCAAGAUGCCCCGGGCACAGAGCUCUGGGAGGCAGGCUCCCCUGUGGCCUUCUAUACCAGCUUUUCAGAAGGUACAGCUGCCCUGCAGACGGUGAAGUUCAACACCAUGUCCAUCAAUGUUGGCAGCAGCUACUUCCCUGAACACGGCUACUUCCGAGCCCCUGAGCGUGGCGUUUAUCUGUUUGCAGUGAGCGUUGAAUUUGGCCCAGGCCCCGGCACGGGGCAGCUGGUAUUUGGAGGUCACCAUCGGACCCCAGUCUCUAUGACAGGGCAGAGUGGGGGAAGCACAGCCACAACCUUUGCUAUGGUUGAGCUACAAAAGGAUGAGAGGGUAUGGUUUGAGUUAACUCAGGGAUCAAUAAUCAAGAGAAGCCCACCAGGCACUGCAUUUGGGGGCUUCCUGAUGUUCAAGACCUGAAACCUGGGUACAGCUCUCAUCAGACAUCAGGGACCUGCCUGCUCUUCUUGGCCUGAGGCCCCACCUGGCAAUGAUCUGGAGACCAUCCAGUUGGCCUAGCUCUUCUCUGGAAACCCUCUACAAAAGACCACUUGAUAUCUAGUUCUGUGGUUUCCUCUAGAUGCACUGGGUCGGGGUAUUCCUCAAAGAGGAGGAGAGAGAGACUGCUUCUCUCUGGGCAGGGCCUUGUCCUGGAAGUGUGAACCUCGGCUCCAACUGCCUUCCUGAGAAGUAUGGUUUGGACUCUGGCUCUUGGCCAUACCCUGCAUUCAACAGACUUCUUUGGUAUUUUGCUCUUCCUAUUACUGGGAACUUUUAUACACUUUAAACCUCUCUUCUGCUUCCUCUUCUCCCUAAUUAUAUGCUAGAAAGUCAUUUUUUUUUCCCAGAAGGAAUGUCAAAAAUGGAGGUGGUGGGAUGGAUAUACCUUAGUGGUAGACUACUUGCCUCGAAUGCAUGAGGACCUGGGUACAGUCCUCAGAAUUGCAAAACAAAACACAAACAAAAAAGCAGAGGUGACAUUUAAGCAAAAUUGGAACCCAGUCUUCAGCUGUUACAGGACAAGAUAAAACCAACCCUUUUGGUCUCCAUCAAUUAGAAAUGGAGCAAAGUCCUGUUGAGUUAAUCAAGGGCAACAAAAUCAGCAUAUUCGGCUUCAGUCAUUCUUCGUCUUUAUCUGUACCUAUAAUUUUAAUUUCACAUCCUUUUCUCCUAGACUUAUUCAGGGUAAAGGCCAAAACAUGCCAAAUAGGAACUAAAAUGUAUGUAGCCUUCACUGUUUUUACUUCAUCCAGUAUACCAUGACUGUACUACUUCUUAGCAUCUCUAACCAGGAAGGGUGCUGAGGGAGGAAGAAGUGAAGGAAUAAAAUCUCCCUCGAUGAUGAUCAACUUUUGAAUAAAGUGAUGCCCUUCAAA